GUCGCCAUUUAAACAGUAUCAAAAGCAGCAGCUACAGUUAGUCCUUUCCUGAAAGCACAAAAGAUUGCAAGAAACAAGGAGUGAAUGGGAAAGGAAAGGACAAAAUAAGGAAGAAAAAGAGGGAGGAAGGAAAAAAAAGGUGGAAAUGAGGAAAUAGAAUAUAAAUUUAACCAACAAAACCAUUAGCUAUAGAGCAAAAAUAGAAAGAGGAGUCAGCUAGAGCAAGAGUGAAUAGAACCACAUUGUGGAGACCAGCUGUACCGAAAGAAGAGUCAGAAAUAGCAGUUUAAGAGAGACUAGGUACAGAAAAGCUUCGAAGCAGCAGCAGCAGCCACCACAGCCGCAGCAGCAGCAGCAGCCAGGGCUACAGUUUUUUGAAAAUCAAGCAGCUUUCUUUUAGAGGAAAUCCUGAUUUUGGAGGGCUGGCCUGAGGAUAAAGGGAGAAAUUGGUUUAUUUUUUUUUGUUUGUUUAUUUGUUUGUUUUGCUAUGAAAGAAAUAUAUUGAAGAUUAUUUGAUAGAGUGUGUUCCUUCUCAGGUAUUUUCCAAGUUGAGCAUUAAAGUUGUCAAGCAAAAUGCCUGAACAAAGCAAUGAUUACAGAGUGGUGGUAUUUGGAGCAGGAGGUGUUGGCAAGAGUUCCUUAGUUUUGAGGUUUGUGAAGGGCACUUUCCGAGAGAGCUAUGUUCCCACAGUUGAAGAUACCUAUCGCCAAGUGAUUAGUUGUGAUAAGAGUAUCUGUACUUUGCAGAUCACUGACACAACAGGCAGCCAUCAGUUCCCAGCAAUGCAGCGCCUCUCUAUUUCUAAAGGCCAUGCCUUUAUCUUGGUUUAUUCUAUCACAAGUCAACAGUCCUUGGAAGAACUCAAGCCCAUCUAUGAACAAAUUUGUCAGAUCAAAGGAGAUGUGGAAAACAUUCCAAUCAUGUUAGUGGGAAACAAGAAUGAUGAGAGUCCAAACCGAGAAGUUCGGAGCAGUGAAGGUGAAGCUUUGGCAAAGAAAUGGAAGUGUGCCUUCAUGGAGACUUCAGCCAAGAUGAAUCAUAAUGUCAAAGAACUUUUUCAAGAGCUACUAAACCUGGAGAAACGCAGGACUGUGAGUCUCCAGAUUGAUGGGAAAAAAAGCAAGCAACAGAAAAGGAAAGAGAAGCUGAAGGGUAAAUGUGUGGUCAUGUGAAAGCCCCACCGUCCAUAUUUCUUGUUUCUACAUGCCCUUUCUCCAUCCUCACUUAUGUAUAUGGUAAAAAUAAGAAUGUCCAGUGAUUAAAGAUAAAAUCCCAUUAACGGAAAA